AAUGAUUGCGCCGCAUUCUAGUAGACGCAAGGUCGCCGGUUCGAUUCCGGCCUCGGACAUGGGUGUUAAAUGUAUGUGUGAGUCUGUAUUUGUCCAAUUUUAAAAAACGCUAAUUAAAUAACAAGAAAUAAGCUGGCUGAAUGUCGUAAUAGACAAGUGGCCAAAAAUAGGAAAAAAAAAAAAAUAAACAUAUAUUUAAUAAAGAGACAAGUGGCCAUAUUACAGAAUGAGAAGAAAUAUAUUUUAAAAUUAAGGCGGUCUUGGAAAAAGAAAAGAACAUUAAUAAUUAAAACCUAGCAACCAGAAUAAACAAAGUUGUUUCCAAGUUUUCCGAAAUUGUGAGAGACGUAGUUUUUUAUUCUCAAUGGAAACGAAAAAUAUGGAAACUAAAGAAAGCGUUUACACCAGCGGUGAUAAUGUUAGUGAGCCUAGCGAAUGUAGAGAUUUUCUAAUUUUAAAGAGUGGAGAAAGUAAAGAAACUAAGGAAAGAAUUAAAUUUGCGCGCAAUGAAAAUAAUGGUAGCGAUAAAGAAGUUAAAGUUUUAUGUUUACAAUUGUUUCAAGAUGAGCCUAUGGAUCUCAGAUCGCAUAGGCAAGAUUUGACUGCUAAUCAUCCUCCUUCACAGCAUGACGAUAGAAAUAAUCAACAGCCCACUUGUUCAAAGGAAACCCUAACUAUUUUACCCAUUAAAUCUAGAAAAAGGAAACAACGUUUAAGUCCCGAAUUUACCAAGAUCAAGGCACAAAUAUCGGGUCUAAAUUGGUCUCCAGUUCCGACUCAGCUCAAGUCUCAAACGUAUCCAGACCCGAAAAACCUUUGCCAGGAGGCUUUUGUCUAUGUCAACACCGACAUGGAGACUAUGAACGUGUUUAACAGGUUGGGAUCCAGGCAGGAAGAGGUGCUGCGAAUGGCCAAGUCGAUUUUUUCGAAAAGAACCCGUACUUUGUACCACUGGAUGUACCCCAAGGCGUCCAAGCAACAGGUUAAGCAAGUGGUGUACGAUACGUGGGAAACUAUGUCGCAUCUGGAAAAAAGCGUCUAUAUUGCUCAGGUUCUAGCAAAGUUGGGCUAUACUAAUGGAGAUCUGAUGGUCAACCCACAACUGGAACAGAUGAAACAAAUGUCUUCAGCCGCAAGCGUUACCGUCAAUCCUAAAACUAUCGAACUGCAGAACGCUAUAUCUAGUAUCAGCAAAAAUAAUUUACAGAAUGGCGAGGUUUGUCAGCGUUUAAAAAAACAGAAAACAGCGCCCAAAUCACAGCCAGCUGUAGAGUUCGAAGAUGAUCCGGAACUUAGUGAAGAGUUGGCAUAUUAUUCGGUGAUGUUUAAAGAGGAUUAGUGAAUUAAUGUUCACAUUAUUUUACUUAAGAAGACUUAAGGCAAAGCAAGUUGUAAAAACCUUAUGAACGAUUUUUUUUUAUUUGAGUUUGACUGUAUUUUAGUUGUACUUGUUCUAGUUAAAUGACAUACCUAUAAAUAAAUAUAAUUUCUGUUCGUAA